CUUAUGAGUUGCAGGCCGAGCGCCGACGAUGUCUGAUCCGAGUGUGACUGAGCGCCGGAUACGCCCGAUUCAAGAUGCCGUUGCAAGUUCCAACUGGAAGCAGGCACUCCAGCUGUGCGACAAGUGGUCAAAGAAGGGCGAAAAGUCGGACAGAUUCCUGGCACUGAAAGCCUUUGUCCUUGUAAACCUCCCCGAGAAAGCCCAGCAUGAAAGAGGCAAAACGGAGGUUCUGGACCUCUGCAAGCGAAACCCUCCUAUCACCGAACCCGAAGCCAUAUAUCAGAUGCAAGAUGCUCUAAAGUGUCUCUCCUUAAAGGAAGAGGAAGGUCCGAAGAUAUGGGAAAGGGCGGUGACCGCAAAGCAGAACGACAAGGACCUUUAUACGAGAUGGCUCAAUCAGGCCAUUGCCGACAGCGACUGGCUCAGCGCUCAAAAGGUGUGGUUGCAUGGCCAAUUCUACGAGUGCAAGAGACGGAGACUGACAUGGGGCCAUAUCUCGACAGGCCACCAUGGGGUUGCGAAAAUCAUUCCCUAAUGAAAGGCACUACGAGUUCUGGAAUAUUGCGAUGUGUCACUUGAUACACAUGCAGCAUGACCUUCCCGAGAAAGACAGAAUGCUGUUUGGAACCCUGGCAUAUCGAAUGAUAUCCAAGGCGGCGGAGAUAAUUCCAGCAGACCAGGCAGAGCUUCUCUCUCCCGGGAAGGCAAUAUCAACGCCGGAGGAAGUAUCAUUACUUGUUCAGGUUCUCAACUCGACAGGCCACGCUCAAGAAUCUGUGAAGCUGUUGCAAGGCAAUUCCUUACAUAUACAAUCUCGCAUCGGCAAGCAAGACCCGCAACUAAUAUUGUCCCUCCUACUCGAGUCAUUGAAGAAAUCACAGCAAUGGCAGGAAGCAUUUUCUACAUGCCAUGGGCUACUGUUGAAACCUGAAUAUCAAUCCGAUGACCGGAUCUGGAGCCUUUGGCUAAAAGCGCUGUCAGAAUUGGCGUCAGACGGCGUGCGACAGCAAGCAAGGGAGCUUCUGGACUCUGUCUGCGGCAUAAGACCAAUCAUUAGAGCAGCGUACAUGGCCAGGAUGAAGUUCCUGCAGACCCAGACCGGGGACAGCGCCUUGGAUGACCUCCUACAUACCUGCAAUGAGUAUGCCGUCGCCUUCUCACAAAAAGCAUUCUGUUUCGACGACAUGACAGAUGCCCUAGGCCGGCUCGACAAAGAGCGGCUCGACGACUUCAGGAAGACACAUUCCAAAGCUUCAGGAAGCCUGGCCGAGCUCUUUCACCAUAAACUUUCUUAUAACUCCUUUCCUGGUGAUGUUUCUGGGCAGAAUCUUAUGGCUUUCGUUCGACAGACGCUGCAGCUUUUCCAGGAUUCUACUUCAAGCCCUUCACCGUGUCCGGAAGCCGCCGUUCUAGCUGUCCUGGCCAUUCUCAGGCUUGCACAUGCGAAGUCGUCAGUCGAAAACACUUUGUUUGCAGAAAUAUUACUUGAGAUUUCGCGGUCAAAAUUCCACGACUAUUACCUGUUCACUAUCCUGCUAGUUCAACUUCAAACCCAUCUCGGACUGAUGUCUCUGGCUAUGGAAACAUUCAACAGGCUCAGCGUCAAGAACAUGCAGUGGGAGACCGUGGGCCACUUCGUCUUGACUCGAAUAUCGACCUUGCAUCCUUCACCUAAUGGCAGUGGCGCGGACGCAUUCGAUCCUUUGAAAGCCAUCGACACAGGGUUGACGAUUCUUGAAAAUUCCGACAAUGCUCUCGUCCGUGGUAUUCGCGAAGGACUACGUUUCCACAGCUAUUCGAACAUCUACAACAGCGUCAAGAUGAGGUCCGAUAUUGAGCACAGUAUGAAUCGACAGGCUUUUGCAAUUGAGGAGCGUGCGCUUGGGAGAGUGCUGGGGCUGUCUGAGCAUACAGUGCUACCUCCUACUCCUUCAUCACUCGUCGACAAAAGAGAUUUCAGCUAUCUGCCGGCUUACCGUCCGGACGAUGCGGCGCUACUUGCAAACUUCCGAUGCGGCCCUCUGCCCAAGGGCAGUUGGAUCGCAGCCAUGACAGUGUUUGAUAAUGUGGCGACGUAUCUCAAGGCGGAACUUCUAUCUCAGCCAACAUUGUCGUUCAAAGUGUCCGAAAAUCUGAAAGACUCUCUCACGCAACUUGACAAUAUCUUUGAGCACUCUGAGAAGGGCGAAUUCACUGGUCAAGAGUUGUCCAAUCUGAAUUGUUAUCGAGUCUUGACCCAGGCUGUGCUCUGGGUCAUGGAGAAGUCGGCAACACAAGAUCAGAUGGACCACGCUCUGUCCAAAAUUGAUUUCUGGCUAUCAAUGACGCUAGAGGAUCGCAAGAAGCAGCCAUCAGGCUCGAUGGUAGCAUUUAUACGAGUCCCGACGUGGGAAGACCUACACAAUAGUUUCAGCCAACUUGAGAUGUUGCAGGUUUUUACCAUGCUGUUGGGCAUACUAUCCAGAAAGCCAAAGUCAUCCAAGUCUAAGUCAGCAACCGUGGCGACAGAGACACUGUCCAAAUUGCAAAGCUUGAUAUCGGAAUUGGAGCAGCACAUCCACGACGACGCACGCGACUUGAAAGCGCAGAACAAUGCACCGGGCGUGCUGGGCAAACUGGUCGAUCUGGGGUUUGGCCGGGAAGGAGAGUUCACCGAGCUAGAGGGCGUGCUGGAAAAGUUGUGCGAUGAAGUCACCAUGGAGACAAUUUGUGGGCGGAUAAAGGCGAGUUGGGAGGAUGGAUUGGAGGGGGUGUUGGGCGUUAAGUUGCAGAUGUAUACUAAGUGAGGAGCAGAUUAGGAUUCGUACCGUGUUCGGUCAAUAGGUACUCCGUACCUACGGACUAGCGAACUGAGAUACCUCACGACUGCCUG